AUGUACAGUGAUUUUAUGCGGGAAUAUCGCGAACUUGGUCAUAUGUCCCUAAUUAAAAAGUACAGUUGGCCACAUUAUUUUCUUCCACAUCACGGGGUAUUCCGUGAGGAUAGUACCACAACUAAAUUACGAGUUGUGUUUGAUGCUAGUUGCGUUACGACAACAAAUAAGUCAUUAAACGACAUUCAAUAUACAGGAGCCAGUCUUCAAAACGAUAUUCCAAAAUUAGAACUCUGCGCCGCUUUAAUAGGUGCACGAUUAUAUAAAAAAAUAAUUAAUUCACUUAGAUUACAAAUUAAUUGCAGUUACUUCUGGACUGACUCGACAAUCGUGAUGGGUUGGUUACGUAUGUCUCCGCAUUUAUUAAAACCUUUUGUACAGAACCGAGUAAUAGAGAUAAACGAAUUAACAGGUGAUUUGUUAUGGUUACAUAUAGACGGUAAUAAUAAUCCAGCGGACCUAGUGUCGAGGGGUCUUUAUAUAGAUGCGCUUAAGGACAAUCGUCUGUGGUGGGACGGGCCGUCAUUUUUACACUGUAAUGAAUGGUUAAACAAACAAAAUGUAAGUAUUUCAAAUGAUUUACCUGAAUUGAAAAAUAAAACGAUAAAUACAGUUUGCAUAAAUUCGGAAAUAAUCAUAGAUUUUACUAGGUUUUCGACAUUUAACAAAUUAAAGCGAACGGGAGCGUAUGUGCUUAGGUUCAUUCACAAUAUUCGGAGUAAACAACAACGUAAAACCGGUUCUCUCACAGCUGAUGAACUAACGUCAUCCGUACAGGUGUUAUCGAGGAUUGCACAAAUGCAUUCAUUCCCGUCCUUAUAUAAUAGUUUAGUUAAUGCGAUUCCUAUAAAAAGUUGUAAAGAAAUGAAUAAGGUUUUAGGUUUAAACGUAUUUUUAGAUAAUAAUAAAUUAAUUAGGGUUGGCGGGAGACUUAAUAAUUCUAAUUUUACCUAUAAUAAAAUUCAUCCGAUUUUGUUGUGUAAUCCCGCCGAUUAUUCACCUUUAACUCCUGCUCAUUUCCUCAUCGGCCGACCUCUGACCGCUCCUGCUUGCCACGACUUCACCAACACGCAGAGCAGUCAACUCAUUCGAUACAACCGGGUGGAACAGAUGAGACAACAUUUCUGGAGAAGGUGGUCGACGGAGUAUGUGACACAGCUACAGAACAGAAUCAAAUGGAAAGAAAAUAAAGGCGAUAUAAAAUUGGGAACUCUUAUCUUAGUGAAGGAAGAUAAUCAACCCCCUCUUAAAUGGCGUUUGGGAAGGAUUAUACGAGUUUAUCCAGGCAAAGACGGAAUCUCACGAGUUGCUGACAUUCGCACGGCGACUGGCCAAAUACAGCGUGCAUUUACAAAAAUUUGCCCGCUGCCACUAUCUACUGAUGAAAAUAAAUCAUCAGCUCCUACAACAUCGUCUACAACCUAUACGACAAAUUCUGAUAAUUGAUAUAUAUUUCAAUAAUGAAUUGAAAGCAGCGGCUUCCAAGGCGGGCGGUAUGUUCGCGCCAUCUAUUGACGACUGGGCGCAAAUAAAGUUAACGGCGUGAUGUUGGCAACAAACGGCUUCACUUCGACACAAUUCAAAUAAACGCAACAUCAUAGUUUGUACCAUUGUAACAAAAUUAUAAAAUAUAAAAAUAAUAAACGAUACCGAGAGGAAAGGA